ACAUUAUAUGACAGUUUGGUUAACCUCUAUAGUGCUUUAUGCACCGGCAAACCCAGGAUCUUUCGUUAAGGGAAAUGUACUACAUUUCCCACACUGCACUGCUGCGCACCCGUUUCUUCUCAUUGCUGUCGCUCUCCUCCUGUGAGUGCCCGCUCUGAAGUGGUCCAGCAUCCCUGCGCAGGCAAUGGGGCAAAUUUAGAUGUAAUAUAUAUAUACAUAUUCGAAAAUAUGUAAUCCUGGAAUUAGUGCUCGGUCCUGGAAGCUUGCGAUGAGGGAAAGAAACUAUGGCAGAUUGGAUUUUGCGCUGCGCCCCUGUGGAGGACGGACCAAUGUACUGAGAGAAAUAAUGCGGAAUAUUUCCCCCCCAUAGGUGUGAACACUGAAAAUACAAGAUGAAGAAGCAAUUUAAUCGGAUGCGCCAGCUCGCCAACCAAACAGUGGGAAGGGCAGAAAAAACCGAGGUGCUGAGUGAGGACCUUCUACAGGUGGAAAAGCGUCUGGAUCUAGUCAAGCAGGUGUCACACAGCACCCACAAGAAGCUGACUGCCUGCCUCCAGGGUCAACAGGGGGCAGAUAUGGAGAAGAGAUCUGUCAAGUCACCUUCUAAAAAAUUACCACUCACGAUCCUGGCGCAGUGCAUGGAAGAAGGGGCUGCAGUGCUGGGCGAUGAUUCUCUACUGGGAAAGAUGCUGAAGCUGUGUGGGGAAACAGAGGAGAAGCUAGCUCAGGAGCUUAUUCAGUUUGAGUUCCAGAUAGAGAGAGAUGUAGUGGAGCCCCUCUAUGUGCUUGCUGAGGUGGACAUUCCGAACAUCCAGAAGCAAAGGAAGCACUUGGCUAAACUUGUACUGGACAUGGACUCAGCACGGACAAGAUAUCAACAGUCAUCUAAGUCAUCCAGUCACCCAAGCACCCUGCAGCCUGGCACCAAGUCCGAGUCCCUGAGAGAGGAGAUGGAAGAGGCAGCCAAUCGGAUGGAGAUUUGUCGAGAUCAGUUGUCAGCUGACAUGUAUAGUUUUGUGGCCAAAGAAAUAGACUAUGCAAACUACUUCCAGGCGCUGAUAGAAACGCAGGCAGAGUAUCACAGGAAGUCAUUAGAGAUUCUUCAUAGUGUCCUGCCCCAGAUUAAGGCUCACCAAGAGGCGUGGGUGGAGAAGCCGUCAUUCGGCAAGUCUCUGGAGGAACACCUGAAUAUUAGUGGGAGAGAGAUUGCCUUCCCCAUUGAAGCCUGUGUCACAAUGCUGUUAGAAUGUGGCAUGCAAGAGGAGGGUCUCUUCAGAGUGGCUCCAUCAGCCUCUAAGCUGAAGAAGCUGAAAGCUUCCCUUGACUGUGGCGUUUUGGAUGUGCAGGAGUACUCCUCUGACCCACACGCCAUUGCAGGGGCCCUGAAAUCAUAUCUCCGUGAGCUCCCGGAGCCAUUGAUGACAACUGAACUUUAUGAUGAAUGGAUUCAGGCUUCCAACAUUCAAGAUAUGGACAAGAGACUACAAGCAUUAAUGGCAGCAUGUGAAAAACUUCCCACGGACAACUUGAACAAUUUCAGGUAUCUAAUUAAAUUCUUAGCCAAACUGAGUGAGUAUCAAGAUGCGAACAAGAUGACUCCUGGUAACAUGGCCAUUGUGCUCGGACCUAACUUACUCUGGACGCACACUGAACCGAACAUGACAGAGAUGAUGACCACCUUGUCCCUACAGAUUGUUGGCAUCAUCGAACCUAUUAUUCAGCAUGCCGACUGGUUUUUCCCUGGAGAGAUUGAAUUCAACUUGACAGGCAGCUAUGGCAGCCCGAUCCACACCAACCACAACUCCAACUACAGCUCCAUGCCAUCACCAGACAUGGACCAGUCUGAACGCAAGCAGCAGCACGACCAGAGCCGACGCCCACUGAGUGUCGCCACUGACAACAUGAUGCUGGAGUUUUAUAAGAAAGAUGGCAUAAGGAAGAUACAAAGUAUGGGCGUCCGGGUUAUGGAUACCUCCUGGGUUUCUCGAAAGGGUUCGACUACGCUUUCUCGCAAGGCUUCCUCUACCCCUCCCGGCAUGCAAGGGCCUGGCUCUCCUGCAGACACCCUGAUCCCUGAGCAGCCUGGAGAGCUUGCCACCUCUCCAUCUGCCACACCGCCACCUGGAGAAAGGCUUUGCUCAGACAACGUGUCACCCAGUCGGCCGGACACCUCUCAUGCCCACCCACCCCCUGGGGAGGACCGGCCACCCCCCCCUUAUCCCACCUCCUCUUGCCACACUACUCCCCACCACUUCUAUCCUAAACCUCCACCUUGCGCUCGCCCUGUUGCACCAGGCCCCGAGUCCCAGCCCCCUGGGUCACCCCCACUGCGCUGGUCUGGCUUUACUCCUCCUGCCCCGCCCCCUUCCUCCUCUUCUUCCUCCUCUUCCUCAUCACUUGAUAUAAAUUCAAACCCCAAACCUAGCUGUUUGCACUUCCCUAAGCACAGCCCACCUGGUGACAUGUCGCAUGCUCCCCCACCAGACACUAAUGCUUCCCCACUCUACAUAAAAACCCCCAUGAUACUAUCACGCCAUGACCAGACACUUGGAAACCCCCCUAGCCUCCCUUCGACCGCGCCCCCACCCCCUCCGUGGGCUGCCUGUCCAUGUGCCCGAGAGAGAGGACCCCCCAAGCUGACUAGCUCACUGAAGGGCAAAGAACUUUCCCCUGUAAUUGGACACAAAGGCAUCCAAGUGGCAGGUCCAACAGUCCCCCCCAGCAGUAGUCCUCAGAGCAGCAGUCAGUCUCCCCAUUCCACAGAGCACAGUCCACACACCCUUCGCAAAGGUUCCAAGAAGUUGGCCCCCGUACCUCCCAAAGUCCCUUAUGGCCAGUCUGGAGGGAUGUCUGACCAGUCCACAGGUCAGCCGUCACCGGUCAGCCUGUCCCCUACACCUCCCAGCACUCCAUCCCCUUACGGACUGGCCUGUCCUCCAGGGCAAGUACCCCCAUCCUCACCUGGGCAGACCCCACUAGGUGCGCCUCACUCCCUUUCGUCCCCACCCUCCCUGACUGGAACGCUAACCAAGUCACGACCUGCUCCUAAGCCCAGGCAGAGACCCAGCCUGCCCCCUCCUCAGCCGCCCACGGCUCCUGCGGGGUACACUGGCCCGGCCAUGGUCCCAGUUCCCCAGCCCCUGGAGCAAGGCCUCCUGGACGGACUGUCACCUGGGGAGAGCAUGUCUACAGAUAUCUUCAAUUAUGAAAUCCCCUCCAUCAAUGUCAAUCUGGACAGCCUCAUCGAUGAGUUCAGCGGUGCCCCCUGCAGGAGGUCCUUGGCAGUGACAGACUCUCCGGAGGGGGAUGCUCUGUCUGAGGAGGAGCCCCAGAGCACCACUCUAUGACCUAUGACCCUAAGGCAUCAUUUACCAGCACCUCUAUGGCUGUAUACACUCUUAACUGUCGCCGCCAAGGCCUGAUGGAAACACCUACUGGCCUCAGCAAUGCCCUCCUGAAACAAGAACAUGAACCGCCCCUCACGACUGCAAAAGGCUUCAGAGAAACUUCUCUCACAACUGCUCGCUAGUAAAUUAAUGUGACUACAAAGAAACACCAAAAUGCCAUAGUGAAGGAACAGUUGCCUUUAGGAGGAAAGACUGGAUUUCAGAUGAGUAUUACAUCAAAAGAUUUUUUUUUCAAUUAUUUCUAUUUUAGUUUUGCUGUUUCCUUUUAGAUGGUAACUACAGUGGUCUAAACGUCCGUGGAUUUUUUCAUUUGUUUUGCCUUAUUGGUACAUGCAAUUCAAUUGCAUUAUGAUAUUCACACGUUUUACAACAUUUCAUUGAAGAAAGUAAAGGCUUGAUAUGGUAAGAAGCAAAGCCCAUCCUAUGGGUGAGACAAGGUGAGUGGGCAGGCUGAUUAUAUUGAUCACAGGGUAUUCAAGCUUUGUGCACAUUAGGAACAUGCUGAGCCCUAGAGACAGGCUUUGCAUGCAGGAUGAAACAUUUAAUGCAGUUUUGUUCUUAGUCACACACCCCAUCUUUGCUUCCCCUCUUCUAUCAUAAAUUAUAACUGUAGUUCAUUGACGUUUACCUUUUAGGUAACUCACUUUUAACUCACUUUAUACCAGCACAGUAUGAGAAGAAUGUUAUUGUAAUUCAAGUUUUUGUACUUGCAUCCUUUAUUCAGUCAGGAAGAAAGCACCAUGAUCUGUUUGCAUGACAAGCUAAUAAGAUCGACCUGCUUCGCAUCAAAGGCCUCACAAUGGCAGUGCUUUAUUUUGUGUGAGUGUUAUUGUUGUUUUUCACCUUGGAAAGUAAAUUAUACCCCAACCCAGUGCUUUAACAGUGUGAUGAUAAUGGGUGGAUGACUACACUGCCUUUAGGUUCAUAUGAUACUCUCUUAACUUUGUUUCAAGUGCUUCAGGUUCAGUGACCUUUGACCCCAAGUGUAAAUACAAAGACUGUACAUAAACUGAUGUAUAUAAAUCUGAGAGGAAAAAUAUAUGUAAAGUGCAUAUCUUAAAUAUAUAAUAAUAACAAUAAUAAUACAUGUGCUGAUAUUUAUCGUGUAGAAAAUGUAAUAAUUAAAAGGUUUGAUGUUAUUUUUGUCCCUGCACACACUGCACAGGUUUACUGUAGAUUCCUUACAUUUUCACUGACUACAAUGCUGCAACACAAACUUAUUCACAGAUCAGUUCUGUCUCCUGAGCCUUGACUUCAGACAAGCUAGAACUUGUACACCGAUUCCCUAUCCUUCCUUUCUUUGUAAAACUGUUCUUUGGGAAAUUCUGUGUAAAUAAUUGGAUUUUUUUAUUAGCCCACUUGGCAUUUUGAUCAUGGACCAAUAAGUAUUAAGUCCAGAUUGUUGGAAUAUAUCAAAUUUAACAUACUGGACAUCUAAAUUUGACAAUGUUUCCUUUGCCAGUAUUCUCAAUCCAGACAAUUAAUUACAGAUAUUUCAGAUUUGUCAAAUGACGCUAUGGUAAACCUUUUCCGUAUAAAAUGUCAAAGUACAAUACUUUUGUCAAUUGAAGUGCAAUUACAGUGUUUACUGAUUCUCCUGAGUCCAAAAAAGUGGUCUAAGUCCCCCACCCCAAACCUGCAGAAUAAAGCCAUUAUUUUAAUUGCUUUUGUUUUGUUUUGUUUUUUUUGUGAGUUCACUUUUUACAAAAGUGGAUUCUACAUUAAUCUCUCAAAGUGAUCAAUGGUAUGCAUCUGUGUUCUCAAUGGACUAUGUUAUUGAUGAUUUUGGUGAUGUUGAUUAUAUUGAUAGUUGUGGUGAUUAUAUGACAAGUGCCCUCACACUGGUUGUUAUUUUGGAACUAUAGGCAUAAUAUAUGUAUGCUAGAGGAUUUAUUUUCUUUGCUGGAUCCAUACAUUUAUACGAGGAGACAAGGGUAUCUCUGAAUGUGACUGGUUGUCAAAUGCCUGAUUUUGUAAUAACUACCGGGGGCAAAUGAGAGUUGAUGUUUGAACGAUGGUAAAUUAUGGUUGUUGGCAUGCAUUGUCACCAGUCCAAGGCAGUACCUUACUGUAAAGGUUCUGUGCAUCACAACUGGAACUUACAGGUACUUGAAAGCAUGUGGUCAUUUUCAUUUACAUGGUGCUAGAAAAAAAAAAAAAAAAAACAUAAAUCAAAGUCCAGUCAGUAAAAUCAAAUUUAUGACAAUUGUCACAGGACCUUUAGCAUCAAAAGUUUGCUAAUGUGUAUGUGUGUGUGUGUGUGGAUGCGCUUAGGCAGUCUUUUGUAUUUAAUGAUCAUCCAUAUUUUCGGUCAAUCAAUGUCAUUUUAGGAAUCGUAAGAGUGUUCAUGAUUUAAAUGUACAGAUGGGUUCUAGAGGAUGUGGUCCACAAUAAUUGCCCCCCUUGGUGGGUUGUUGAGCAAUAUGGUGGAGUGGAAGUUGCCUGUGGAUGGACUGUCUCUUUCUCCUUUCACUAAUGAUGUACAAGAGAAAUCUGCCGCUUCGAAAGCCUAUCAUGCCCACCCUUCCCUCCUCUGCUUAGCAUAUCAAGUGGAACACAGUGUGUACUGUGAAGCCUACCUGCAAUCCUAAUCAGAAUGUCAGAAAUAGAUAUAUAUAUAUAUAUAUUAAACUCUAAGUUUUUAAUGAUC